AUGAAGCAACAGGAGAUGGGACAACAUUCAGGCCAACCACAAGAGAAAUCAAAGUCGGUUCAUGAUUCAGCAACGGGAACAACGAUCAACAAAUUGGUUCAUCAAACAGCAUCUGAUCAAAAUGCUUCCCAACAGAUGUCACAUCCCUUGGGAAAAACCAGCAGUCAGAUGGUUGAAGCUCAGAAUCAUUUCCAACAAGUAUUAUACCCUACCAGAAAUUCGACUUCUGUUGGACAGGAGCAAGCAAAUGCAGGAUGUACAAGCAUUUUUGACUUAGUUGAGCAAGAAGAUGAUCGACUACACAAGAAGCAGCGAUACCUCCCAAUGUCCUUUCAGCCAUCUCAUACCUCAGUUUUGAAGGAGCAAGAAGUUCUAACCGGCAAAGCGCCUGUUAAAAAAGAUUCAGGAACGUUAGUCUCUAAACCAGGGAUGUGUGCUCUACGAUUGGCAAACUACACAAGGCAGAUGCAGCUAAGGCCUCAGGACAACAACAUUGAGUUUUGGAGAAGCUUUGUAGCUGAGUUCUUUCUCCCUGAUGUCAAGAAGAGAUUGUGUGUUUCUUCAUAUGGCAGAAAACCUGAUCGCGUUGUUGAUAAGGUUACUGGUCAUUGUGCUUCACAUUUAUCUCCCGUUGUGCUUCCUUUUUUGCCUUGCUUCAAACUUUUAGAACCACCCCCGUACAGUCUAUAUCUUUCAGAUAUUACUACUGAAAUACUACCAAGGCUGUUCAAAGUCAAGUACGAGAAUGGUGCCAUAAAAGAGCAUUAUCAUCUGGAGAUGCCUAUCGAGCACAAAUAUUCAAGCAAUCAAACUGUCCUGCAAUGCGAAAAAGUAACACAUGAGACUGUGUUUGAGCAACUACAUGUGUAUCAUGUAGGCCGGCUUAGAGUUGCAUUUUCUCCAGACUUAAAGAUUUGCUCAUGGGAUUUCUGUGUUCAACAUCACGAUGAGCUUAUACCAAGAAAAGAACUUCUCCCCCUGGUAAAUGAACUUGGACUGAUAUCAAAGAAAUACCAAGAUGCUAAGAAGAAUUCAGCGUUGCCUGCUCAAGAAAUAGAAGCUAGCAGCAGUGAAAAGUUCUCAAACUCAGUUAACCAGUUAACAAAGGCUUUGCAGCCUAUUGUGAAUGAACUGGGAUAUGAAAAGCGAUAUAUGCGACAUCUUCAGAUAGUCUAG